AUGCCUGCAGUCAACCAUGUCAUCCUCGCCUCGGGCGCCGUCGUCGCCGUAUCGGCCGUCAUCGCGACUGCUAUUGCCAUCUACGAGUCGCCCGAGGUGCGCCGCUACACCGACGACGUCCGCCGCCGCAUCGCCAUGGCACUCCAGUCCCUUGGCGACGGCAUCAACCCGCCCGAUCGCGAGCCCAUAUAUAACAGACCAGAGGAUGCUGAGGGAUUCCUCGAGUCGAGGCGCGGCGCGGGUGCCGAGCCCGGCGUCGACGCUGAUGAAGCCACCCGCCGGAGGCAGCGCGAGGAGCUGAUGUACUGGAACUCGGUCCGGCUGCAGAAGCAGGUCGAGGAUGAACUUACCAAGCACGCGGAAAAGGAGGACGGUUUUGCCACCCCGCCUGCCAUCCAAGACCGCCCAGACGCCCCCAGGGGCACCUCGUUUGAUGACUUCUUAAAGCCGGUCAAUAGCGAAGAAUCCAGCGCCUACGUCGUCAGCGGGACAGAUACGACGGCGGGCGCUAGCCAGCUGCGACAUCGUGGUGAUGGUGCCCGCGGCUUUUCCGCCGCCGCCGUAUACUCGAACCCGUUUAGCGACGAACACCACAUUGAUCCAGAGGAAUUCGGCAACAUGGGUCUCGGCACCGGCAGGCUGAUACACGAGAGCCAGAGCGACAUUUACAGCGCCACCACACGCGAAGAGGAUGGGCAAACGGCCACGACGGCCACUAUGGAGGCCGAGUCGCCGUCACUCAUCGACUUUGGUACCGAGACUCUGCCGCAUCCCGCCGCCGUGCAGAGAGAACUACACCAGCAGGCCCUGCCCGCCGGCGAGAUUCCCGAGGAGGCGUACGCCUCGAUUCAGGCCUGGGCCCUCGACUCGGGCUUUUACUCGCCGCUGCCAGUUACCCCCGUCGCGCCCGUCUCCGAGGCCGAAGUCAUCAGCGAGGGCGAGCUGACGCCGACCGACUCCGUGUCUCUGGUCGGCUCCGGCGAGGACCUGGCCAACGAGACGCGCUCGUUGUCUCAUGCGGGCGACGAAAGCGGCCACCCAUACGAUGUCAUUAGUGAAACGGACGGCAUGUUGACUCCGGCCAGCUGGUCCGAGGUGGGCAGCCAAAUUAGCGAGAGCGAGCAUCCCCAAGCCCAGCACGUAUAG